AUGGGGCUUUGGGCAGGCGCUCACGGCGGCUGCCUGUGCCCCAGGUACUUCGACUACGUGUUCGGCUCCUCCUGGCGGCGCGGCCGGGGAAGGGCGGCGGCGGCGGCCGAGCUCGCGCAGCUGCAGGUGCUCAUCACCUCCCCGCAGCACGAGUGCGACAGCUACCCCAGCGCCACGUCCAGCGAGGCCUAUAAUUUACAUGUAACGGGACCUGUAGCUAUAUUGAAAGCCGAAAAGGUUUGGGGUGCAUUAAGAGGUCUGGAAACCUUUAGCCAAUUGGUCUAUGAAGAUGAUUAUGGAAGUUUCUUGAUCAAUGAAUCUGAAAUCACUGAUUUCCCAAGAUUUGCUCACAGAGGAAUCUUACUUGAUACAGCAAGACACUACCUACCUUUGGAAACUAUUCUUACAAACCUGGAUGCUAUGGCUUUUAAUAAGUUCAAUGUUUUCCACUGGCAUAUAGUAGAUGACCAUUCAUUCCCUUACCAGAGCAUCACUUUCCCAGAUUUGAGUAACAAGGGAUCCUAUUCCUAUAACCAUGUCUAUACCCCCUCUGACAUCCGUCUGGUGAUUGAGUAUGCUCGGCUAAGAGGCAUUAGGGUUAUCCCAGAACUUGAUACUCCAGGACAUACCCAAUCUUGGGGGAAAGGUCAAAAAGACCUCCUUACACCAUGUUACAAUAGAGAGCAACCAAGUGGUUCUUUUGGACCUGUAAACCCCAUUUUGAAUACAACUUACAAAUUUAUGACUGCAUUCUUCAAAGAAAUUAGUAGCACAUUUCCUGAAUACUUCAUCCAUUUGGGGGGAGACGAAGUGGACUUCACUUGCUGGAAAUCUAACCCUGAUGUGAAUGAGUUCAUGAAGCAGCAGGGAUUUGGCACUGACUAUGCUAAACUGGAAUCUUACUAUGUUCAGAAAAUCUUGGAUAUUGUUUCUUCUUUUAACAAAGGCUACAUUGUCUGGCAGGAAGUAUUUGAUAAUGGAGCAAAGCUAAAACCAGACACAGUAGUUGAAGUGUGGAUUGGGAACCAGUAUCCUGCAGAACUGAGUCGUGUAACACACGCUGGGUUCACCACUAUCCUGGCAGCUCCUUGGUACUUAGACUACAUUAGUUACGGGCAAGACUGGAAGAAAUACUACAGCAUUGAGCCACUCAACUUUCUUGGGAGUCAAAUGCAGAAAAGCCUGGUGAUAGGUGGAGAAGCCUGCCUUUGGGGAGAGUUUGUGGAUGCAACUAACCUCACACCAAGAUUAUGGCCUCGGGCAAGUGCCAUUGCAGAGAGGCUUUGGAGCAGCCAAAAUGUGACUGAUUUAAGUGAUGCUUAUAACAGACUGACUAAGCAUCGCUGUCGCAUGCGCAGUCGUGGAAUAGCAGCUGAACCAGUGUACGUUGGAUACUGUCCUAAUGAAGCUAGAAGCCCAUAACUGCCACAUGAAGAAUCUGCCAAAUUAGCUAAAGUGCCUCCAAAGAAAAUGAAUCUGCAUAUUCAGGAUGAGAUUUGCACUAACAAUUUUGAAUGCUGGAUGUUAAUUUUACACUUUUAGAAUAAAAAUCAUGUGAAUUUGA